AUGCCAGAAUCCACCUCCAGCCAGAACCACAUUGAGGUCCCCCACAACAAGCAAGAAAUGGUGGUUGCCUUAGCGAUGGACGGGGAGUCAGAACCAAACCCUGCCGUAGCAGAAGAGGCAGGGGAGCGGGAGGAGCCCAUGGAUGCCACUCCCUCCCCCCAGCCACAGACCACGCCCCCAACAGAGGAGGCUGGGGAGGCAGUUUCCAUGGUAACAGAAGAAGGAGCCACAAAGGAGGGCGGCACAGAGGACAAUGAUGAUGAUGUGGUUCUAGUAGGGGAGGAGGCGGCAGCCCAGCCUUCUGCCACAACCCUUUCCGAAGACACGCCCAGCACAGACUGCAUAGAGCUGGAUGCUUCUGUGGGAACUAUAGACAUGUCCACUGCAGUGAUGCCUUCCAAGACCCCCAGUCCUCCUGCGUCUUCCAGCGCAUCCACAGUGGAGGCACCUCCUCCAAAACCUCCAACCACAGCAGCAGAGCCUAUUGUCAUUGAUGAUGAGGAGGACUCUGAACAGAAACACACUUCCUCAUCUUCACCAGCGCCCCCUGGAGCCUCUUCUGUAUCCCACUCGCCAGGUGCACUCAGCAGCACCGAGCCAGAUUCGGAGAUCAGGAUCGCCAGUGUCACCACAUUGGGCUCCAGUAGCCAAAAAGGGAGCUCCACCGUUUCAGCAGUAAGUACUCCGCCACAUCCAGUGGACGUCCAGGCAGACUUGAACCUGAUGAUAACAUCGGUGACAUCGCUGCAGGGAGGAGCGGCGGCUGCAGGUGAAGGCCAGGCAGAAGAAAAUGGUCUGCAGAUAAGCAAUGCAUUCAGCCUGAAUCCCGACACCCCAUCUGGUCGACCAACAGCCUCCUUUAACCCUGGGAGGGGCUUAGGCCCCAUGGGCCAGCUGGUACAGAAUGGAGACACAGGGACACACAACAGAGCAGAUUCAUGGAUCUCCCAGUCGGCGUCAGUCCCCCGCAAUCAAAAACAAACGGGGGUGGACUCUCCGUCACCAGCCACCUCGCUGCCCAAACCUCCAGGCCAGUCUUCCUCAUCUACUUCCUCCUCAGGCUCCCAGCCACAGCCCAGGACAGUCAAGGUGACCUGUGCUAACUGUAAAAAGCCUCUGAAGAAAGGCCAAACGGCCUACCAGCGUAAAGGCUCCACACACCUGUUCUGCUCCACCACCUGUCUCUCUGCCUUCUCACACAAACCCGCCCCCAAGAAGAGCUGCACCAUGUGCAAAAAGGACAUCACAAACAUGAAGGGUACCAUUGUGGCCCAGGUUGACUCGAGCGAAUCUUUCCAGGAGUUCUGCAGCACAGGCUGCCUAGGCGCCUACGAGAACAAGCAAAACCCGCCCAAAUCGGGCCUCAAAACCAAAUGUACUGUCUGUGGAAAGCUCACAGAGAUCCGGCACGAGGUUAGCUUUAAGACUGUGACCCACAAGAUCUGCAGCGACGCAUGUUUCAACGUUUACCGCAGGGCCAACGGGUUGAUCAUGAACUGCUGCGAGCAAUGUGGCGACUACCUGCCCAGCCGAGCGUCGGCCAACCACUUUCUGCUGGUCGACGGCCAACAGAAGCGAUUCUGCUGCCAGAACUGCAUCAGGGAGUACAAGCAGGCCCACAGUAAACUCGCGAGCUGCCUGACUUGUAAAACGCUGAUCAAGACGGGCGAGGUGCUGCACAGCCUCGGAGCGGGCGGCACCAUGGGCUCCUACUGCUCCGUCAACUGCAUGAACAAGGGCAAGCUGGCGACCACGUCCUUCCUCAAUACAGAGCCCACGUGUCACUUCUGUAAGAGAAAUUCAUUACCGCAGUACCAGGCCACACUGCCAGAGGGAAACAUCCUCAACUUCUGCAGCUCACAAUGUGUUACCAAGUUCCAGAAUGCUCCUCUUCAAACGGCCACCAACGGACAGACGCCCCUCUCCACCACAAACAACACCGUCCAGCUGAAAUGUAACUACUGUCGAGGAGCGUUCAGUUUGAAGCCUGAAACUCUGGACUGGGAGGAUAAAGUCUACCAGUUCUGUAGUAAGACGUGUUGUGAGGACUACAAGAAGCUCCACUGCAUUGUGACGUUUUGCGAGUACUGCCAAGAGGAAAAGACGCUACAUGAGACGGUCAAGUUCUCCGGGGUCAAGAGACCUUUCUGCAGCGAAGGGUGUAAGCUGUUAUAUAAGCAGGAUUUCAUCAAGCGGUUAGGCCUGAAGUGUGUCAGCUGUAACCACUGCUACCAGCUGUGUAAGAGAGGUGUGACGCGGCAGCUCGGUGGCCUGACUCGGGACUUCUGCGGCGAUCCGUGCGCCAAGAAGUUCCACGACUGGUACUACAAGGCGGCGCGGUGUGAUUGCUGUAAGGUGCAGGGUAACCUGACGGAGUCUGUGAUGUGGAGAGCAGAGAUGAAGCAUUUCUGUGACCAGGAGUGUCUGUUGAAGUUCUACUGCCAGCAGAACGAGCCCAUCAUGGUCACACAGAAAGGCCCAGAGAACACCACCCUGGGGUUUGAAGUGCAAGGGGCCAAACUUGGGCUCGUGAACCAGGGCACUGUGGCGUACGCAGGUGGAGGUUUGAUGAGAGAUGUCAAGAACAAGGCGGUGCUCUGCAAGCCGCUCACCCUGACCAAGGCUACCUACUGCAAGCCACACAUGCAGAGCAAACUCUUACAGACAGAUGAUGGUGUGAAGAGGGAGUACAUCCCUGUACCCAUACCUGUGCCUGUCUUCAUCCCCGUGCCCAUGAACAUGUAUUCCCAGGUCACUCCCUCUCCAGUCUCUCUACCUGUACCGGUUCCUGUGCCUGUGUUCCUGCCCACCACCCUGCAGGGGGCAGAACAGAUCGUCCAGACCAUCGAUGAAUUAAAAAACAAGGUGCCCUCUGACCCCCUGGAGGCCGACCUGCUCUCCAUGGCCGAGAUGAUCGCCGAGGACCAGAAGCCAGAUGUGAAGCCGGUGAAGGUGAAGAGGGAGCGUGGAGGGGAGGAGUCCUCCGAGGAGGAGGAGGAGGAAGAGAAGUACAAGCCAGACCUGGACCUGGAGGCGGACUUCCCCCAAGCCUCAGAUCCAGUUCCAGUCCUGGAGGGGAUGGAAGAGGACAUGGGCUUCUCUCUACCUCCAGUCCUGGCAGAGGAGAAGGAAGAGAAGGAGGAGACGGUACCUCGACCGCAGCCCAGGAGACAAGGGAACAAGAGGCAGGCGGUGGAGGAGAGCUCAGAUUCAGCCUCGUCCUCUUCCUCCCAACCAGCAGGCAGACGCUCAGAGGGACGGUCGCUGCCGCUCAAAGCUCGCUACGGCAUCAAUGCCUGGAAGCGCUGGGCACUGUCUCCUCCUGACCAAUCAGAUGACACCAAAGCCAAGGACUGCGCCAAACCGGCUCGGUCUAAAAGUAACCUGCUGUCGCUGAGUUCAGAGGAGCUGAACGUGGCUCUGUCCCGGUUUGUCAGGGAGGUCUGUCGGCCCAGCGGGGAGCGCUACUCUCCAGACAGCAUCCUCUACCUCUGUCUGGGGAUCCAGCAGCAUCUUCACUCCAAAGGCCGAAAGGAUGACCUGUUCAGUGACCUGUGCUACCAGCAGUUUGGAGAAGAGCUGAACAAAGUCCUGAAGGACUGGCAGCCCAGUGUUCUUCCUGAUGGCUCUCUGUGGGGUCGAGUGGAGGAGCAGAGCCUGUGGAGCAGUCGGCAGCUCGGGGAGCAGAGUCCCGCCGCUCUGCUGCGUUCGCUGGUUUACCUGAACACCAAAUACUUCGGCCUGCGCACCGUGGAGCAGCACCUCCGCCUCUCCUUCGCCAACGUCUACGGCCCCGACACCGUCCAUCCUGUCACCAAGGAGACCACCGUCUGCAUCCGCGUGCCUUCCAUCUCUCAGGAUCACCAUGGUGAGGCCGGUGACAGGAAGCGUAAGUUGGAGGAGGUCGAUCAGGACUAUGAGCCAGACGACGACUCAGGAGGCUCCACUGUGCGCUGCCCGGUUAAGAAGCACGAGUGUCGACUAUACGAACUCUACAGAUCGAAGUGCCCGACAUUGUUACAGGAGCGUCUAGACGUCUUCUACGUUCAGCCGGAUCUGGCGUGCGGCCCCGACGACCCGCUGUGGUUCACCUCGACGCCGCUGGAGCGACAGAUCCUGGAGAGCCUCCUCACCAGAGUCCUCCUGGUCAGAGACAUUUACACAGACAAACAGCACCUGGAGGAAGACGAGGAGGAAGGGGACGGGGGCGAAGCAGCGGGGGGAGAGUAGCAGUCGCUUGGACUUGUGUUAGUAGAGCCUGAACAGUCAGCAGAGGAGAGGAGGAGGAAGAGGAGGUUAGCUAGUAAUGUGUGCGCUCCUCCCCUGUCUUAACGUCUGGUCCUCCUUACCCUCCUUGCUGAACUGCUGUUUCCUCCUGGUGAGGGACGUCCACAACAGAGGUAGAUGAUGAUGAAAGUGGUGGUGAGGAGCAGCCCUAAGUUGUACUUCUGCUGAUUGUCACAAACAGAGGAGGAAGACGAGGUAACGAAGCAAACGAGGACAAUAUUUUUCUCUCCAGUCAUAAAACAGAAGAGGAGGAACAGGCACAAAUGUCUCCGGAUGAAAGGAACAAGUUGGAGGGGGGGGUGGUUAAAGAGAAUAUGAGGAGAAGGGGAAUAGAGGAGGCGGAGCUGUCAUCUGUUGUCACGGUCAAACAAAGCUAAAUCAGGUAGAAGAAGACGUUUAUUAACGGUUAUCAAAGGUAGGACCUGCUGUUGUGCAUCACCAACAAUUCUGAGGAUGUAGCUUGUUUAUAGUGCUCGAACAAGCAGCUUACAGAUAUUUAAGCUUUUAACGACGCAGAAUCACGCUUUAACAAAAGUUUAUCAGCCGCCUACAGGGAGGCACCGAGCAGACGCAGAGGCCCAGGGACAGGAAGCCAUGGAGUUAUUCCCUCUCACUCUGCAGCUUCAUGUCCUUCCUCGCCAUCGCUCUGCGGAUGGGGAAGGAGGCAGUGGGAGCGCUCGCAGGGUCGAGAGAGUAACUUCACAG